AUUCAAAAGCGCAAGUCAGUAGUGCCAGGAAAUUACUGUAUCUGCGAACGUUUUGGAACAAGCCAGUAAUCGACCACAGGAAGUUUGAAGCGCAGCGAAACGCCAUCUGCACGCGUCAAAGCAGCCAUUAGGAACUGCGCCAGCCAUCGUAAAGUCGCUCCAAGAAAGCACCUAGAGCGCGGUCGAUCUCUACUAGAAUUCGUAACGGUCGUCCUGGUAGGGCGACACGCCGCUGUCGUCAUCAUGGCGCCGAUGCGCGUUUCGCUCGUCCUCCUGCUCGUAUCGUGCGCGUUUCAUAUUCAACUACAGUCCGUCAUCGCAGGUCGCGGUGGUCGUGACCCGUUCUUCCCGGGACGACCUGAGGUGGCAAGGCGCGCCGAGCCCAUGCGCCUGGCGCACAGCCCCCACAGCAAUAAUUACUACCGUCACCAGCGCCCAACCGGCGGGCAGCUGCACAGCCACCGCGCGGUCAGGAGACCCACGCUUCCGCCUCCGCCUUCCCCCGCCUCCGCCACCACUCCGCCCAUCGAAGUCCUCCCCUUCGCCUCCGCGCGCUGGUCGCCGCGCCCAGCGAGUCGCUUCAGUCGAGCCAGCAACUCGCCGCGAGCCACUGGGAGGAUGCUUGCUCCACUGGAGCACCCCACCGUGCCGAGGCUCGCGUCUGUCCCUUGGAAGCCGCGUCCGAGGACUCGUUACAGUCGCCGACUGGGAAGGAGGCACUCGCCACGAGCCCAUGGGAGGACGCUCGUUCCGAGGCACGCGUCGAGGAUCGGUCGCAGGUCCGGUCAUCUGUCCGGGCUCGCCGGGGGCCCGAGGUUCCGCCCGCGAGAGCUUCUGGUGGCGGACAGUGAUGGUGGUAGGAUGGAGUACGACCGCGCCUCCGGGCAGCGAGUGAAAGUUUUCGACGGGGCUGACCGCGACGGCGAUGCGGUGGAGAUUCUCGAGGAAGCGCCUCUCGCCUCCUCCAACCGCGGCGGCGGCGGCGGCGGUGCGGCGUACGACAGCAUGAAGCGGCUACGGGGUCCGGAAAGGCUCCACCACCACCGCAAUCGACGCCAUCGCGGCGCGGCCCGACAGCAGCACAGCGCGGUUAGAUAUAGUGGAAAUUCUAUGAUUGACACUUUAAGGGAGCAGAACGCAAAGAUGGGAGGCUGGUGGUCCAGCGAGUCGGAUGGAGGCAGCUCGGAUGGCGGUUCGGGUGGUGGUUCGGAUGGAGGUUCGGAAGGGGGUUCGGACGGAGGUUCCAAUCCGAUGCUGGACUCGAUAAGGGAGCAGAACGCGAAGAUGGGAGGAGGGAUAAUGGAGGACGCUGAUUCUGCAUUAGAUUCGGGCGGAGGCUCGGACGAUGGUUCGGGUGGAGGUUCGGGAGAUGGUUGGGGCGGAGUUGGGGAUGAUGUCUGGAAUGGAGGUUCGGGAGAUGGUUCGGGCGGAGGUUUGGAUGAUGUCUGGAAUGGAGGUUCGGGAGAUGGUUCAAGCGGAGGUUGGGACGACGUCUGGAAUGGAGGCUCGGGAGAUGUUUCGGACGGAGGUUGGGACGAUGUCUGGAAUGGAGGUUCGGGAGAUGGUUCGGGCGGAGGUUGGGACGACGUCUGGAAUGGAGGUUUGGGAGAUGGUUCGGGAGAUGAUUCGGGAGACAGUUCGGGCGGAGUUUGGGAUGAUGUCUGGAAUGGAGAUUCAGGAGACGGUUUGGAUGGAGUUUGGGACGAUGUCUGGAAUGGAGGUUCGGGAGAUGGUUCGGGCGGAGGUUGGGACGACGUCUGGAAUGGAGAUUCAGGAGACGGUUCGGAUGGAGUUUGGGACGAUGUCUGGAAUGGAGGUUCGGUAGAUGGUUCGGGCGGAGGCUGGGACGACGUUUGGAAUGGAGAUUCGGGAGAUGGUUCGGGUGGAGUUUGGGAGGAUGGCUCGGAGGGAGGUGGGAAUGGCUGGGGGGGUGGCACGGAUAAUGGUACAAAUGGAGGUUCGGGCAAUGGUUCGGUGGGAGGCUGGGAUGAUGGUUGGGGCAACGAUGGUGGCACAUGGGAGGGUGGUGGUGGAAGUGUCGGUAACGACUCUCAUUCAUCCGACCCCGAUUCAGAGGACACUGGAUCCCCCACUGGCGAUGCUGCUGACACUGGCAGUGUCAACGGCACCAGAAAUUUUAACGCGUCACACAGCCAAGCCAACCGAGCCAAGCUGGCCAAACACCGAGGCACCACCCGUGCCUCGUCGUCCCGAGCCAAGCCAACGCGGCAUCCCGGCAACUACCAUGGCGGUUCGGCCCAUGCUAUACCAGGCCACCGCAACCGCAGUCCCCGUCCCCCAACCCAUUCGCCAACAAACCACCACAAAGGUUCGGCCCGAGCCAAGUCAGCCCGAGCCAAGCCAGUCCGAGCCAAGCCGACCCAGGCCACGCCAGCCCAGGCCAAGCCAGCCCCAGCCUCCACCCCUGCUCCCACCACUCAUCACAUCACCUACCCCACUCCCACCACCCCCCCCUCCACCCCUCCCAUCCACCUGCGCUGUGGUGUGGCCCCCGGCUCGCUGCAGGCCGCGCUGGAUUGGGCGUGUGGGCCCGGGGGCGCUGACUGCAGUGCCAUCCAGCCGGGCGGCGCAUGCUUCCAGGCUGGCAACGUGCCCCUGCACGCGUCGUUCGCCUUCAACGCCAUUUUCCAGAGCCACGCCCACCGCCCCGGCUCCUGCUUCUUCGGCGGCAACGCGGUGGUCGUGCCGCGCGUUCCAAACUACGCCGCAGCACCGCCCACCUGCUCCUUCCCCUCCUCCAACGGCCAGUACUGCGUCGCCGCCUGCCAGGAGGAGCAGGGCGCAUUUGUCCCCCGCAACCCAGUCAUCCCCCCAAACCCUGUGUACUACCCCCCGGACCCAGUCCAGCCGCAUUACCCGCCCGCGCCUGCGUGCCAUGCGGACAUGGGUGCGGUGCAGAGGGCGCUGGACUGGGCGUGUGGGCCCGGUGGGGUGGACUGCUCGGCCGUGCUGCCGGGAGGGGCGUGCUGGCAGGGGCAGGGGGAGGGCGCACUGGCAGUGCAUGCGUCGCACGCCUUCAACGCCUACUUCCAGCAGAACGGCCGCCAGCCUGGCACCUGCUUCUUUGGCGGCACCGCCGUGGUGGUGCCCCGUGUGCCCGACUAUGCUGCCGGCCCGAACUCCUGCUCCUGGCCGUCGGAUAACGGGCAGUUCUGCGUGGUGGGGUGCUGAGCGGUCAGGCUGGGUUGGGGGAUGAAGAUAUGAGUAGUUGUUGGGGCUGAAGGGGAGCAGUGGGUGGUAGUUGCUGCUGGGGGUUGGAGUGGGCGGAUGUAGUCCACACAGGGAUUUUGAGGAGAUGGUGUUGGGUGCUGAGGAGGGCGCUAGUGUGGUGUUGGGUGCUGAGGGGAUGGGGGGCAGGUUGAGAGCAGAAGGCACUCAGCAGUGAGACCUAGAUGUGCGGUGGCACCUGCUGUGGUGGUGCUGUGCACGUCUGAAGGCGCCCAAGGGGGGAAAAACAGGCGCCACAUUUAGAGUAGACCACAUUCCCAUUCCUAGUUGUUUGCUGUUGCUGGGCGUGUGCCUGUGCGUGCUAGGUGGGUAGGUAGCUUAGCUCACCUUGCUGGGUGGACAAGACGGCAGUAUCGCGACGUCUCUAGCACCAUAGUCUGGCCUGG